UUCUUCUAGGACAAGUAAUUCGAUUGCCGAUCUGAAUUGUUUACCGGAAUUAAUCGAUCAAUCGAUCGCCAUGAGUUUUCUUUUUGGGAAGAGGAAGACUCCCGCAGAGCUUCUGCGGGAAAAUAAGAGAAUGCUUGAUAAAUCGAUCCGGGAAAUAGAGAGGGAGAGACAGGGUUUGCAAACGCAAGAGAAGAAACUCAUUGCAGAGAUAAAGAAAAGCGCCAAGCAAGGGCAGAUGGGAGCUGUUAAGGUGAUGGCCAAAGAUCUUAUCAGAACCCGACAUCAGAUUGAAAAGUUUUACAAGCUUAAAUCACAACUUCAAGGUGUCUCUCUCAGAAUUCAGACUUUAAAAUCAACACAAGCAAUGGGGGAGGCAAUGAAAGGCGUUACUAAGGCGAUGGGGCAAAUGAAUAGGCAGAUGAACCUACCUUCUCUGCAGAGGAUAAUGCAAGAAUUUGAAAGGCAGAAUGAGAAGAUGGAACUAACCAGUGAAGUCAUGGCAGAUGCCAUUGAUGAUGCAUUGGAAGGAGAUGAAGAAGAAGAAGAGACGGAAGAAUUGGUGAGUCAGGUUCUUGACGAGAUUGGCAUCGACAUCAAUUCUGAGCUUGUUAAUGCACCAUCCUCAGCUGUAGCUGCCCCAGCUGCAAAGAAUAAGGUUCCACAAGCUGAAGCGACUGGAAAUGAUGAUGGUGGAAUAGACAGUGACCUCCAGGCCAGGUUAGACAAUUUGAGGAGGAUGUAAUUGGCUUGUAAUAUAGAUUGUUCUGGUGAGACCGGACAUCACACACUAUGUGGCUUUGUAACAUUUGAUUAAGAUAAUUAAAUACAUGGUUUGGUACAGCUUAAGAUUUCAA